AAAAUGGAGACCAAAUUCAAAAUAGAAUAUCUUGUCAGUAAAAGACAAAGAAUGAUCAGCCAUAUUAAGAAAAUGUUCACCAAACAAGGCGGGUUCUGGCUAAACUGUGUCUAUAUCAACAAAGAAAUAUGGUAUACUUUGCUUCAUAGAGUUCCCUCUUAGAUAUAUAGGGUCUCAACUGAUGAUAAAAAUCAAGCUAGUGAUGAAAUUUUAUUAUACUUCUCCCUUGCAAAUUCCUUGGGAAGAUUGUUAGACAUUCCAUGAAUAAAUUCUUACAAGACAUCGCUGCUACAACUAUUCGACGAUUUCAGAACUUUCUGAAUCUUCGAGCAGAACAAAGAUCCUGUAAUGAGGUAUUGAAUGCCAAGCUCCAGCUUGUCAUUCGGUAAAUCUUACAAGUUUGAUAUUUUGGAUAAGAAAAUUGAGGCUGAAAGCAAAUACAUGGUACCUGAGCAACUCUACUAUAACGAGGGUAAACUCUCGGAUUUUGACAGCGAAAAAGAGAAGGAAGACACUUCUAAUAAGACUGACGUCAAAGUUCCCGAAUCCGGCUUAUUCCUAUAUCAGAUGGUUCCUUAUAAGUUAGAUUAUUAUGAAGUCUGUCACGAGCUCCUUUCUGAGCUCGUGCUGAUCUACAAUAGGCUCUUUAAUAACGACACAGCUAAUUUUAAUAAGAUCGAUAAGUGAAUAAUGGAGAAUAUCAUCGAUCCGAUAGUUGAAGAAGUGAGCAAAGUAGCAGAGGUGCUCCAGCAUAGUAUUUUCAAUGACCUCCUAUCUAACAAAGAUGUGUAA